AAUCGUAGAAAUGUAACAAAUCAGAGGAGUAAGCCGGCCAGAGGAAUAUAACCGGCCAGGGAACAGCACGCGAUCGUCGGAGUCUGUGGUAUCCCGGUGCCUUGUUUGAUCUCCACUAAUCGCUAUCUAAUAGGUGCGAAGUGGCUAAAUAACACUUUUAUUGCUUUCCGACUCGCCCGUGACGGUCCAAGCGGGAGCGACGAUCCUGUCACAUGUGACCGGAAGUGUCAAAGGUCACAUGAAAUUUUCAAAGUAACGGUCCAUUUUGACAGUGUUUAUUUUGAUGACUGCGUGUUUAAUCUGGUAACUACUUGUAUUUACUCUGGUGGCUAUGCAAGCCAAUUUGAUGGACCGCGUUUGCCGUGUUGGCAAAGAUGUUUUCGACUACGACACACUGCGACAGGGCCAGGCAGACGCUGUUUUGGGUAUUUUAAAUGGCCAAGACGUGUUUGUCGGGCUACCGACCGGAGCUGGAAAGACGUUCUGUUUCCAGGCGAUUCCGUCGUGCCUGGACUCUGACGAGCCAUUUGUGAUUGUCAUCAGUCCCCUGACAGCACUCAUCGAUGACCAGAUCGCCCGGUACACCACUACAACGGGAUACAAGGCAAUUCACUUGAAGUCGGCGAACGACAUCAACACAGUGGCAGACAAGUCGGUCAAACUAGUAUACACCAGCCCAGAAGUUGCUGUGGGAGAGGGCAGGGGCAUUUUCACCACAACUAGACCUGUGUGUGCCCUUGUCGUGGACGAAGCCCACUGUAUCCCUGAGUGGGGUCCCGACUUCAGAGUAGCAUUUGCACAGAUAGGCGGACUGAGGGCCCACUGUCUCAACACCCCAGUCAUGGCCCUCACAGCUUCUGCCUCCCCCAAUGCUGUGGAAGGCAUCAAGAAGGAUCUUCUUUUUCGGGAAGGGAACAUCCACAUCAGUGGGAGUCUCGACAGACCAAAUCUUUUCUUGGUCUCCAAGAAAAAGAUCGCAAUGCAGAAGGACUUCCUGGGACUACUGCAGGCCCUAAGGAAAGAUGGACGGGCCAUCGAGAAGCAGCUUAUCUAUGUGCCUAUAAGAAACCAGGCCAUGGAUGUGUGGAAGAUGCUGCAGGCCCAUGCGGGAGACAGGUUCAAAGCAUCCGUGGCCUACUUCCACAGUUCCAUGAGCCCUGACCUCAAGGCCAAAGUCCUUAAACGUUUCAAGGAUGCCGAGGUCAGGGUAGUUGUGGCUACAGUGGCUUUUGGGAUGGGCAUUGACAUCCCUGACAUCUCCUGUGUUGUGGUGUAUGGCCUGCCAAAGUCCAUGAGCCAGCUAUACCAGGAGAUUGGCCGGGCUGGGAGGUCAGGGGAGCCAGCCACUGCUGUCGUCUUUGCUGGCAAGUGUAAGGAAGAGGAAGACGCUGAAGACUGCCUGAAGCAGUUCGUGGCCAAGCGGUCCUGCAUCCGCGCUGUGAUGCUGAAGGAACUUGGCAGUCAGGCGGCAGACACAGACCACUGCUGCUCUGUCUGCCAGGAGGAGGCCACAGCACCGAGGGGAGCGUACCUGCUGCAUCCCAGGGUCCCCAAGACAGCAAAGAGGGCAGCUGCGACCAGAAAAAAGAAAAGACAGGAAGGCGAUAAAAAAAAACUGGAAAAAAGCCUGUACGAACUGAGGAAUGAGCUUUUUGAAGACGACAUGACGAUUGCACAUGUUGGUCCUGCAGGAGUGAUUUCCGACAGUGCAAUUAUUUCAAUCAAAACCCAAGCACAAAGUAUCCACACAGUGGAAGACCUGUGUAAGAAGGUUAAAGGUGUUUCAGAGGACAUAGCACCAUUCAUUCUUGACAAGAUUGAACAGGAGUUUCCUGAACCUAUCAUCAAGAGAAGAAGAAGGGCCCUUGGGGAUUUGACAAAUGUUUAG